UCUUCUUCUGCUACGCUCCCUGUGUUCAUAAAUGAAACUGCAGGGAUAUCUACGCCUUUCUUUGACGUCAUCAAAUUAGAGAUGAAUCACGUACAGAAGAACGCGUCCCGCCUGACUAAUGGUACACCCUACUGUUCUCACGGGUUCUUCUGACCUUGCCACUCCCUCUGCGAGUUACCGCACAGAAAGAUGACACAGAAAAUAGAGCACAGGGCAUGUAUUAUUCAGUAUCUGGUCAGAGGCUCGGCUGGAGGUUCUAGAGUCACUAUUACGUUUAAUUUAUGAAGGUUAGACUACUAGGUCUCUACAACUGAAUGAAAACGGAGAUGCAUUUCUGGACAUUUCGAGUGACAUACAUCACUCUUCGUUAGCGUCACUAGUAUGAACUGGUCACUAUUAUUAAUCUGUUUCUAUUUUUCCCAACCUCUCUUUUCAUUGUGGUAAAUUGACUAUAAAGUCCAUACAUAAGCAUCUCCUUUGUCGACGAUGUAUGGACAAUAUAUCUGGAUUAAUUCAAACAAUAACAUGAACUUUUAUUGUAGUUUUCAAUUUUAGUGGCUAUACAAUGAAAUAUAAAAUAAACAGUGUCACUGAGGAAAGGUAGUGGAUUCUAACUGAUGUCUGAUGUUUCCAAAAUCAUAUCUAGUUUAUUCGUUAUUAGUUGCUUGAGUAACUGCUAUUUGACGUAUAAAGGUUUUCGUAUUUUCAUAUUUGACAUAUUACAGCACCUUCCAACACACAAUAUUUCCUUUAAAAAAGUUAAGGUUAGACUGUUUUCCCCAAUAUAAUGCUGUCACGAAAUGAAGAUGACCUCUAACAGAGGAAGAGUUAUCAUGAUCCGCGUGAACUCGUGCACACAGGCAGGUAUACGUACAAAGGUGACCCCGGCGUAAACACCUGGUCCGACCAGUUCUUACCUCCCACACGUCAGCCAGGUGAGCUGUGUAACACGCCCGUAUGAAGCUGGACACGUCGUUUAAGAACCGUGGGAAGGACGGUCUGGACCCCACCUGGCAGAUCGCGGCGGUAGUGCACCACGCCAGCCUCCACAACCUGCGGGUCCGCGCGGUGGGUGUCGGGUACUCCUGGUCCAAAAUGACCAGUACCAGAGACAUAUUGAUAGACAUGUCCGGCCUAACCCGCGUCAUCACCAAAAAGCCACAAAAAUAUUUCGAGAAGUACCACCUCGUCGAGGUGCAGGCUGGGAAGGUGGUUCGGGAGUUUGUCCGUGAAAUCGACAUCAAGUUCAAGUUGGCCCUUCCUGGAAUGGACAACUUCAUGGGGCAGACGGUGGGCGGGGCCGUGUGUACGUCAGCACACGGGUCAGGGUUCAACUUGCAGAGCAUACACAUAGAGGACAUGUAG